UUUUCUCUUCCUGCUGUUAGUCAUGCAAGUUUUGUAGAUGGUGUAGAUUGCAGUGUAUCUUGUGAAUAUUCUCCUCCCUGUUUUCCUAUUGAAGUUCCACCCGGAGACAAAAGAAUUCGGAAUCAUCAGUGUAUGGAAUUUGUUCGAUCAAGUACACUCUGUGGAUCAGGUUUAACAUCUUUAUUUGUUCCCGAAAUAAUGCCUAGAGAACAAGUCAAUCAACUCACUUCAUUUAUUGAUGCUUCUAAUGUAUAUGGUAGUACAGAAAAAUUAGCUCUUCACCUCAGAGAUCGUACCAAUGAACUUGGACUACUAAGAACUGGACUUGUCAUGCACUCUGGAAAACAUCUUUUACCAUUUAAUGAUGGCCAACCUGUUGACUGCAAGCGAGAUCAUCAAGAAAGCAGUAUGGACUGUUUUCUUGCUGGAGAUCAAAGAGCAAAUGAACAAUUAGGUUUAUUAGCAAUGCAUACUUUAUGGAUGAGAGAACAUAACAGAAUUGCUACUGAUUUGCAUUCCAUUAAUUCUCACUGGAAUGGUGAUAAAUUGUAUCAUGAAGCAAGAAAAAUUGUGGGUGCUGAAAUGCAACAUUUUACCUAUACUCACUGGUUACCAAAAAUUCUUGGGGAGAAAGGAAUGAAGAUGCUGGGUUCUUAUCAAGGAUAUAAUCCAAAUGUGAAUCCUUCUAUAGCUAAUGUUUUUGCUACUGCUGCAUUGAGAUUUGGUCAUACACUUAUUAAUCCUAUACUUUUGAGAUUGAAUGCAUCUUUUCAGCCCAUACCAGAAGGAAAUCUUCCUCUCAGAAAGGCUUUCUUCUCUCCAUUCAGACUUGUCGAAGAAGGAGGCAUAGAUCCAUUACUGAGAGGUCUGUUUUAUGCAGCUACCAAAUUAAGACAGUCUGAUCAAAUUCUUAAUUCUGAACUGACAGAACAUUUAUUUGCAGUAAGUUUAAAAUUUUAAUUGUAUUACUUUUACAAUUAUUGCUCAAAUAUAAAAUAAAUAAAUAUAAAUUUUUUAAACAUUUUGACAAAGUUUCUUCCUUCAUAUUUCUCUUUAGAAAGGAAAAAUAUGAGGCAGAUUCAGAAAUUAAGUUUUGAUUGGUAAGAAAGGAACAGAAACUUCACAGAAAAAUCACACCUUCUGGUAGUAGAGAGGUUGAGGCACAAGUUCAAACGUUAAACGUGUACGGGUAGCAGAAGUACACGUUACACAUUUCAAGUCCAAGUAAAAAUCAUUGAGGCACACGUUCAUAACAUCACGUGACUCAGU